AGAAAGCAGAAGCAUUUUAUGUGGUUAAAGCUAUCUUUCUGAAAUGUUGAGUAGAAGCUGAGAACCAACGACUUUUUUGUGUUUGGAGUGUUGGAACUUUGGAAGACCAAAUCUGAAAGUACAUUGACAUUUUGAAAAGGAAUACUACAGUCUUCCUUUUAGAAAAUUUCUUUAACAAAAUGCUUGGAGAAGCCUUCCUAAUUGAACUCCCAUACAAAGAACAGAAAUAUACAAAAUUUUGCAAACCAGUAACAUGUAAGAAGACAUCAAAUGAUGAAAAAGAAACUUGGAAAAAUAAACUUUUAUAUAUAGAAGACAAUUCAAUUUCCUCCCUUAAGAGUGAAAAUCAAGAAAAAAUUAUGAAAGAAAGUUUAAAUGAACAAAGUAAUGAUACAAAUAAAAUAAAAUCUGUGGAUGAGCUAUCUGCGGUAAAAUGCAAAAAUACACCUCUUCCAGGAACUGUGUCCAUUGCAUUGACCAUUCCAAAGAGAGAACAACAUGAUGAAAGACAAGUGGAUUUAUAUCGAUCCUGGUCAUGUACCAGUAUUUGCCAGAAUUAUCCUGAUCUACAGAUUGGAGGUGAUCAUGUGGGGAACAUGUAUGAUUCAGGCUGCUUUGUUGAACACACACACGAUGAUGUUUCUAAUGGUCCCCUUUUACUUUCAGUAGAUAUACCAUUGGGCCAUUCUCCUAUCAUUGAGCCUCUGGAGAAAACACCCACCUCAAAGUUAUUGAAUGGAGAUGAAAUUCGAGAAAAAAGUAUGCUGUUUCAUAAGCAGCCUCUCUCCAAUUCUAUGCUUAAUAGCUAUAUGGAAAAAAAGGUCGAUGAACUCUAUAAACAAUUUUUGGAAGAAAAUCUCACCAGGUGUCGCUCCAUAACCAAUCUUAUAGCUUCCAAUCUGCUAAUGAACAAUAUAAAUCAGAUUAGUCUUCAAAUUUCCCAAGAGCAGAACAUAGAGGCAUCAAAAGCUCGGGAAGCUCUUCUGCACUCUUUAACACUAUGUAAUCUUCGUAACAUUUCUCAUGGAAACAGUUCUGAAUUUAGCACUCCUAACUUACAAAUAUCAAACCAGACAAGUAGGGAACUUGUAUCACAUUUAUAGUAGGAAUCAACUGUAGAUUAAUUUGAUUAACUUCAGCAAGACUUCAGUAAGAAUAAUCUUCUCUGGCUUAUCAUGUCACAUAAAAUCUCUUUUGAGGUAUGAUUAUCAUGCUGCUUUAAAAAAUUAUUUGACUCAGUGUACAUUCAAGUUGUUGUAGGAGAUAACUAUAAUAACUAAGUUUUAUGAGUAUGUUUUCUUACUGUUUUGACAUCAUUAAUGAUUAUGUGCUUAUCUACAGAGUAGUCACUGACACACCAAAUCAAUCAGCUCACUGUCAAUCAACUUUAUUUACAACAAAAGUGGGAUGAGAAGUGCGUGUUUGCUCUAAGCUACUGAAAGGACCACUAAAAGCUAUUCAGAAUGGGACAUUUAUUUCUGUACAAAAAGGUUAAUAGACAUUAGUAGUGCUUAAAUUUUCAUUUUAUUUCUUAACUCCUUCAUUUUAUUUAUUUCUUAAAUCCUUCAUUUUAUUUCUUACAUCCAGGAUCCUUUACAUUGACAAUCAGAAUAUCCUAGUAAAAUUUUACACAUUCAUACACACACACACACACACACAUAUCAUAUGUUUCAUUUCUUGGUGUAUUUGAAUGCCUAUGCAAUGAAAAGAAAUAUAUAAAAUUUUGCAAACUAUUAACAUGUAAGAAGAUCUCAAAUGUUUGGAAAAACAAACUUGUAGAUACAGAAGACAAUUUACUUCCCCUUUAAGAUGGAAAAUUAUGUUAUAAUUUAUGUCGUAUAUUAUACAUAAUCAUAAUAAUAUAUACUACAAAUUAUAUAUCAUGAUAUAUAAUUUUCAUAUAAAAUUGGA